AAUUGUCUUCAUUGAGUAAACUCUCGUUAAACACUGCAACAGUAGCAGGCUGCUCUUCAGCUGCUUUCUGUUUGGAGGGCCCUGAGGAGUUAUUCAUGCAAAGCCUUUGGAUCAUCUGGGCAAAUGUAGAAGCUGCGGUUUAUCAAAGCUAAACAUCCUACCUAUAUCUGAGUUGCUGAAACAAGACUGCCUAGAGGAAAGACUGGCACAGUGAGAAUUCUUUCAACCAUGGGUGGAAAACUUUCACCGUUCUGGAAGACACCUGACCAAAAGGAGAGGGAAGGCAAACUGAUCUUACCCAGGCAACUGGAUGCUGAAGGCGAAAUCGCCAAUUAUGCUAGUAUCAAUGACUCUGCUACAUCCUGUGCACCCUGUGCGGGCAUUGCACGUCAAAGCUGUGUCAACUGUCCAACAUGUCAGGGAACAGGAAGGAUCCCCAGGGAGCAAGAGAAGCAGCUGGUGGCACUGAUUCCAUAUGGUGACCAGAGGCUGAAGCCUAGACGAACGAAACUCUAUGUAUGUGUUGCUGUGACAAUUUGCCUGCUGACAACAUCUCUCAGUAUUUUUUUCCUGUUUCCUCGCUCUGUUACUGUGCUGCCUGCAGGGCUGAAUGCCUCCUCUGUUGGCUUUAAUGCCACUACCGCCAGUAUAUGCCUCAACAUGACGAACAUGCUGAACAUAACUAAUAACAAUUUCUACCUGGUCACUGUUGUGCAGCUAGACAUAGAGGUUUUGCACCAGUCCCUAGUAGUAGGGAAGACCACCAUGAAAACCCUGCUGAAUAUGAGCCCUUUGCAGAGCAGCCAGAUCUAUUAUACAGUGGCCAGUAGGAUAAUGGACGACAACACCUAUAACAUUUGUACCUGGACAAAAGUCAAAGUUCACAAUGUUCUGCUGCAUAUACAGGGUACACUGACCUGCACAUACCUGUGUCAUUCAGAGCAGCUGGCUUUUGAAGACUACCAGUAUGUGGACUGCCGGGGGAAUGCCACGCUACCUCACCCGCUGUACCACCGUGUGCCAUGACAGGGCCAGGUUGACAGAG